AUGAGAAUAAGACGUCCACCAAGUAGUCAUGAGAUUAGCAACAGCAAUGUCAAUGACAAUCAUAAUGAGGAAAUGGAGUCACGUGGUGGCUUAAUCUUCUUUUUGCAUGUUCCAAAGACUGGCGGAACUUCGAUUCGACGCAACUUUGAAAACUUGGAACAUGUGGAAUACAUCUUUGGUCGAAAUUAUUCAGUUUAUUGGAAUGAAGCACCGAAAGUCGAAGAUUUGAUUCAGGGAAAGUCCCUUUUGCAACGCAAUCAGAAUCGCAAACACAAGAAUCGACUGCGAGCUAUCAGUGACGAGGGCAACGAACAAGGAAAGGUUCUAUUCUUUGAAGUUCAUGCUUCCACAGCUCCAUCGUUUUAUAACUUGAGACAACGAUUGGCCCGUUGGAGACAAGUCGCCAAGCGGAAUCAAGUUCCAGUUUUCUUUUUUACCGUCGUGAGAGAUCCAAUUGCCUUUGCUAUUUCUCAUUUCAAUUACUUUCAUGUGGACGUGCGAAACCCCUCCUUUGAACAUGUCAAUGCGACCCAAGAGAAUUUCUUGCGCUUCUCUCUGCACAAUCCGCAAUGUCAAUUUUUGUUCAAGGGGGAAGCCUCGAUGCGGAAGCAACUCAACAAAAGGAAGACAAAGGAAACAAGUGCAAAGUUGGACGAUAGCGCCGAUUCUGAGAGCUCCAAUCCUUUCAACGCUAGUGCCAUCAUUUCAUCAGACGAAUGCUCAAAAGUGCAGGAUCAGAUGCUAGAAUUGUUCGACUGGAUUGGAACAACGGAAACCUUGUCCAAUGAGACGCUGCCUCUACUAGCGGAUAUACUGGGCCGGGAUGGGAAGUUUGCAACUUAUCGAGUCUCGGACAAAGUGAAAAAAGUGCCAGUCGAUUUGUGGGGGAAAGAACACAUGACUGACUUUGGAAGGCAAGUCAUUCAAGAACGAUCGCAAUUAGACUUGGAACUGUACCACCGCAUCCAAGAAGAGUAUCCCUACUGCAUGUGGAAGACAAAGGAUCCUCAAAGGCAACAGUAUCAGCAGUCACCACAAGGCAAUGAGAACUACGAACCACAAGGGAACGAGAAUUACGAAGACUACGAAGACUACGAAGAGCUCUGA